AUGAUGAAGGCACAAGUGCUCCCCUGGUGGUUGGUUCUGGUAUUCUUUGGCACGGCACCUACCGCAUCGUUCGGUAUGGAGACGGUCGUUCUCGACUACUCCUCCAGAAACCUCUCUGCCGUUCCCUCCGAUUUACCCUCGUCUGCUCAACGCCUGGACCUUUCUCAGAACCUAAUCCAGACCCUGAAGGGAGAAGACUUCCACGCCACACCGAACCUCAGAUUCCUGAACCUUUCCUGGAACCUGAUCGAGGAAAUACAGCCAGACACGUUCACCUCCACGCCGGUCCUGGCCACGCUGGAUCUGUCCCACAACAGACUCCGAAAUCUGUCGGGUCAGGAGUACCUGCGACCAGCACGGAGCCUGGAGUACCUGGACCUGUCAUCCAACCUGUUCAUGGUCAUGGAACUAGGAAGUGAGUUCUCCACACUCUCAAACCUCAGGUGGCUCGGUUUGGGUGCCGACGCCAUCCGGAACGACGACUUUGCUAGCAUUGCAGACCUCCAGCUCCAGACUCUCUACGUUCAGGCGCAGAAUUUAAAGGUCUACGAGAACGGAAGCCUCACAGGAGUCAGGGCGGAGAAGAUCGUUGUUGUGAUGUCGAGCAGCAGCCUCGAUUUCCCAAUAAUCGUUGAUGCUUUAACGUCAUUUAAAGAAGUAGAGCUCAGUGGGCUGACCAACCCUGAAGACUUUUUGGGAAAGCUACUGCAACGCCAAGCAUCGAUCCAGACCCUCAAUCUACAUUUAUCUUCCAUUUGGAGCACCUGGAAUCAAAUAGUUCUCCUUGUCAACAGCGCCUUAAUGUCUCCAAUCCGACACCUUACCCUGACUAAUCUGACCCUUCAUCAAAUCAUUUCUUUACAAAGCGUCGUCCAGAACUUCUCCCUGGACUCCUUCAGCAUCAGACAGUCAUCAGUGACCGUGUUCAUCUUCCGUCAGGAGCUCCUGUACAACUUCCUCAUCAACAUGAGGGUAACGAACGCAACAUUCGCCGAGUCCCCGAUCAUCCACAUGACCUGCCCGGCGUCCGAAAGCAUCAUACAGACGCUCGACCUGUCCAACUGCGUCCUGACCGAAAGGGUCUUCUCCAAAGGUCCGAACGAGGAGUGUAACACUCUGACCAAUCUGACGACGCUGGUCUUGAAAGGCAACAACCUCAAACAUUUGAUGCCUCUGACCUCCAGGGUUCGACUCAUGAGCUCCCUAAGAUGUCUAGACUUGAGCCACAACUCGCUGACCUACAGGGAGGACCAGGGCCGGUGCACGUGGCCGAGGAUCACCCAUCUCGAUUUGUCUUCAAACAGCUUCGACCAGACGGUGUUCAAGUGCCUGCCGGAAGCCGCCGUCAACCUCAACCUGCAGAACAACCAGAUCAGCGCGAUUCCUGCCAACGUUUCGGGUCUGGACUCUCUCCGAGUUCUGGAUCUAACGUCAAAUCGUUUGCUGGAUCUUCCAGACUGCCUGGGGUUCCCCAAACUGCAAAGGCUCGUGGUACGAGGGAACUCCCUCCAUUCGCCUUCGACAGAUUCUCUCCAGACGUGUCCGGACCUGAAGGUUCUGGAUAUCAGCAAGAACCCCUUCAUCUGCACCUGCCCCUUGAGAGAAUUCACCACCCUGAUCGAAGUCGAUGGGACGCUGGUUGGCACAACGGCGUGGAAGAACCACAGAAUAACCAUGGACCACUGGCCGAACGGGUAUCGCUGCAGUUACCCAGAGAGCUGGAGGAACACCAGGCUUCAGAACUUCACUUUACCAGCGAUCGCCUGCAGUGCGGAACUACUAGCAGUCACCAUUUUGGUUCCAGCUCUAGUUUUGAUCGUUUCUCUGGCUAUUUUAUGCCACCGCUUGGAUCUCCCAUGGUACCUGGGAAUGAUUUGGAAAUGGACUCGCGCAAAGCACCGUUCACGGAACCGAUCGGAGGAGCUUCAGGGCGUCUGCUUCCACGCCUUCAUCUCCUACAGCCAAAGGAACGUCGACUGGGUCAAAGGCCAACUCCUGCCCAAACUGGAGGGUGACGAUUCGGUUUCCACCCACAGCCGGCUCAGAGUGUGCCACCACGAGCGAGAUUUCCUCCCGGGCAAGCCCAUCGUCCAGAACAUCCUCCGCUGCGUGGAGCGCAGUAGAUGCUGCGUCUUCGUUCUGUCGUCCCACUUCAUCCAGAGCGAGUGGUGCCACUACGAGCUGUACUUCGCCAACCACCAGAUGCUGACGCAGGGUCUGGACAACAUCAUCCUCAUCCUGCUGGAGCCUCUGCCGUCGUAUCUCAUUCCCUCCAAGUACAACCAGCUGAAGACCAUCAUGGCCAGGCGCACCUACCUGGAGUGGCCACAGGACGGCGCCAAACAGAGGAUGUUCUGGGCGAAUCUCCGGGCGGCGCUGCAGGCGGAUCUGACGAACGCCAUCGAGCGAGAGGCGGAUUGAUGGAACCAACAGAAUGACGGAUUUAUAUGGCCAAAAGUAUUUGGACGCCCUGUUUCAAAAACAAAAACUAUUAAAAUAGAGAGACCUCAAUGUAAUCAUUAUAG